AGCCCGCGUUCCCGGGGCGUCCUCCGCAGCCCUCUAACCCCCCUCGCGUCGCCGGGGCCCCGGGCUCCGCCGGGCUGUCACCCAACGACCAAAGGCCUCGCCCCGGCUCCUCCGCCCCGAAGCCGCGGCCUUGGAUACCGUCCCCGAUCGUCGCCAGCCUUCGGAAUUUCUAGGCCUGGGGGGCGGGGGAAGAGAUUUCGUGAUCGAGUGACUGGAAGAAAAAUGAGGUGAUCGAAACAGUAACCCUUUGAACUGUUACAUUCUAGUUUAUCCUGAAGAUGAACAGUAGCUCUUUAGAGCAACAGGCUGUUUGAGGAAGAAGUCUGGUUUUCUACGUACAGUAUUUAUUGCCUUGGGUCAGAGAUGAACCCUAUGAGCCCGUUCAGUGGGCAGCAGCCCAGUGCUUUUGCAUCUUCUACUACCACAACAGCGUUUCAGACUAAGUCACCGUUUCGAUUUGGCCAGCCUUCUCUUUUUGGGCAAAGCAAUGCAUUAUCUGGGAAGAGCCCAGGGUUCUCACAGGUAGCCACCUUUGCUGCACCCUCUGGAGUAAGUCAUUCCUCCUCAGUGCCAACAUUUGGACUCACCCAGACCUCAAGUGCUGGACUCUUUUCUGGUAUUGAACCUCCUUUUGUAGCGACCUCUGGGCCUUCAAGUUCAUCUGUGCCUGGAAACACAGGAUUUACUUUUAAACCACCCACCAGUGUUGGGGUUUUCCCAAGUGGUUCUAAUUUUGGACCAGAAACUGGUGAAGUAGGGAGCUCUGGUUUUAGGAAAACAGAAUUCAGCUUUAAACCUCUGGAUAAUGCACUGUUCAGACCAAUAUCGGGGGCUGAGGCUGAGGCAGAGAAAGCCCAGAGCCAAGCUGCUUCUGGGUUUUUCACAUUUUCCCACCCAGUUAGCAGUGGGCCUGGAGGCCUGACCCCCUUUUCUUUUCCUCAGGUGACAAGUAGUUCUGUUACCAAUUCAAGUUUUAUCUUUUCAAAACCAAUUAGUAGUAAUUCAUCAUCUGCCUUCACUUCUACUUUGUCAAACCAAAAUACAGAGGAAGAGAGGAGAGGAGCCAAGACAGUGUUUGGCAGUGUGAACAGUAGCUUCGGCAGCAUCCCGUCAUCCGGGUCUUUGGGCGAGCCCUUUGCAGGUAGCAAAACAGGUGUCCGUCCGGGGUGUGAAGAAGUUCUCUCCCAGGUGGAUCCACUCCCCAAUCUCAUGAAAGGACUGAAAAGGAAAGAGGACCAGGAUCGCUCCCCAAGGAGACAUGGCCACGAGGCUGCAGAGGACUCAGAUCCUCUGUCCAGGGGGGAUCAUCCUCCAGAUAAACGACCAGUCCGUCUCAAUCGACCCCGGGGAGGUACUUUGUUUGGUCGGACAAUACAGGAUGUCUUCAAAAGCAACAAAGAUUCAGGUCGUCUGGGUACCAAGGAACCUAAAAAGGAAAGUGUCUUUGUUGAAUCUGGGGAAAGUGACCAUGUGACAACCUCAGGAGGAAGUCAGUCGAUCCUGACACCUUCCAGGCUUCCAGGUGUGACUAAAGAGGAAGAAACAGAAAGUAGAGAGAAAAGAGAAGAUGCUCUCAGGGGAACUCCUGUGCGCCAGGGCAAGAGAAGUGAGCGCACAGGCAGCGUUGGAGGCGCGUCUCCUCUAGAGUCUACAGCCAUCCAGUGCAAGAACAUCCCUGACUACCUCAAUGACAGGGCCAUCCUGGAGAAGCACUUUGGCAAAAUUGCUAAGGUGCAGCGCGUCUUCACCAGGCGCAGCAAAAAGCUUGCAGUGGUGCAUUUUUUUGAUCAUGCAUCUGCAGCCCUGGCUAGGAAGAAAGGGAAAAAUUUGCAUAAGGAUGUGGCUAUCUUUUGGCACAAGAAGAAAUCAAGUCCCAACAAGAAACUCUUUUCUCUGAAGGAGAAGCCUGCUGAUGGUGAAGCCAGCCAGGGCCCAGAGGAUUCGCCCUUUCAGCACUCCCCUCUCGGCAAGCCCAUCGUGAGAGCUGCAGUUGGCAACCUCCUCAGUAAAAGCUCUCCGGUGAAGAAGCCGAGUCUUCUCAAGGUCCACCAGUUUGAGGGAGAUCCCUUUGACCCUGGAUCUGAGGGCUCUGAAGCCCUUGGGUCCUGUGUGUCGUCUCUCAGCACCCUGAUUGGCAUGGUGGCUGAGACAUCAGAGGAGAAGUACCGCGUGCUGGACCAGAGAGACCGAAUCAUGCGACAGGCUCGGGUGAAGAGGACUGAUCUGGACAAAGCGCGGACGUUUGUUGGCACGUGCCUUGACAUGUGUCCUGAGAAGGAGCGCUACAUGCGGGAGACCCGGAGCCAGCUGAGCGUGUUUGAAGUGAUCCCGGGGACUGAUCAGGUGGACCACACGGCUGCUGUGAAGGAGUACAGCCGCUCCUCGGCUGAUCAGGAGGAGCCCCUGCCGCACGAGCUGAGGCCCUCUCCCGUCCUUAGCAGGACCAUGGACUACCUGGUGACCCAGAUCAUGGACCAAAAGGAAGGUAGCCUGCGGGACUGGUACGACUUCGUGUGGAACCGUACACGGGGCAUUCGGAAGGACAUCACGCAGCAGCACCUCUGUGACCCUUUGACGGUGUCCCUGAUAGAGAAGUGCACCCGGUUUCACAUUCACUGUGCCCACUUCCUGUGUGAGGAGCCCAUGUCCUCCUUUGAUGCUAAGAUCAACAACGAGAACAUGACCAAGUGUCUGCAGAGCCUAAAGGAGAUGUACCAGGACCUGCGGAACAAGGGUGUCUUCUGCACCAGUGAGGCCGAGUUCCAGGGCUACAAUGUUCUGCUCAAUCUCAACAAGGGAGACAUCCUGAGAGAGGUGCAGCAGUUCCACCCUGACGUGAGAAACUCCCCCGAGGUGGACUUCGCCGUCCAAGCUUUCGCUGCCUUGAACAGCAAUAAUUUCGUGCGAUUUUUCAAACUGGUCCAGUCAGCGUCUUACCUGAACGCAUGUCUGCUGCACUGUUACUUCAGUCAGAUCCGAAAGGAUGCCCUUCGGGCACUCAAUGUCGCAUACACUGUGAGCACACAGCGGUCUACUGUCUUCCCCCUGGACGGAGUUGUGCGCAUGCUGCUGUUUAGAGACUGUGAAGAGGCUACAGACUUCCUCAACUACCAUGGCCUCACUGUUGCUGACGGCUGUGUUGAGCUGAAUCGGUCUGCGUUCCUGGAACCGGAGGGCUUAUCCAAGGCCAGAAAAUCAGUGUAUAUUACCAGGAAGCUGAUGGUGUCUGUUGGUGAAGUUGUGAAUGGAGGUCCGUUGCCUCCCGUCCCUCGACACACCCCCGUGUGCAGCUUCAACUCCCAGAACAAGUACGUCGGGGAGAGCCUGGCCACAGAGCUGCCCAUCAGCACUCAGAGGCCCAGUGUGGACACAACAGGUGGUGGGAGAGGAGAGGAGUGUGGGGCAGAGCUGGAUGUGCCACCACCAGCUGUCCUCUCACAGUCUCUUCCUGCCCCUGCGUCCUCAUCUGCACCGACCCUUCAAGUCCCGCCACCUCCUGCUGCGGCAUCCAGUCUCUUCCAGCCGUCCACACAGCCCGAGCUGCUGCCUCCCCAGCCUCCACCUGUGUACUCGGAUGCGGACCUGGUGCAGGUGGUGGACGAGCUCAUCCAGGAGACUCUUCAGAAGGACUGUGAGGAGGUUGGCACUGCAGGGGCGGCCUAUGUAGCUGCAGCUCUGGGUGUUUCUGAUUCUGCCGUGGAAGACCUCAUAACUGCUGCAACUGCGGGCAUCUUGAGGCAUGUUGCAGCUGAAGAGGUGGCGAAGGAGAGAGAGAGGAAGGAGGCGGAAAAGCGGCAGGCUGAAGAGGCAAGGUUGAAGCAAGAGAGAGAGCUGAUGUUGACUCAGCUGAGCCAAGGCCUGGCUACCGAGCUGACAGACCUCACGGUGAGGGAGUGCGUGUGGGAAGCCUGCGCCCAGGAGUUGAAGAGUGCAGUGGAGACAGACCAGAGAGUUCGCAUGGCCCGUUGCUGUGAGGAUGUCUGCGCCCACCUGCUGGACUUGUUUCUGGCUGAGGAAAUUUUCCAGGCUGCAAAAGAGACGCUGCAGGAACUUCAGCGCUUCUGCAAGUACCUGCAGCGGUGGAGGGAGGCCGCAGCUGCGCGGAAGAAGCUCAGGCGCCAGAUGCGGGCCUUCCCCGCAGCACCGUGCUGUGUGGGCGUGAACGACCAGCUGCGGGCUCUGGUGCCCAGUGCAGAGUGUCCCAUUGCUCCAAAGAACCUGGCUAAGGGUCUGCUGGACCUGGGCCACGCAGGGAAAGUGGGCAUCUCCUGUACCAGGCUGAGGCAGCUCAGAAACAGGACGGCUCACCAGAUGAAGGUUCAGCACUUCCACCAGCAGCUGCUGAGCGAUGCUGCGUGGGCACCUCUGGACCUGCCAUCCUUUGUGGCUGAGUACCUCCCUGUGAAGCAUGAGCGAGUAUUUUGGAAGCUGGUGCUGGUGUUGCCUGAUGGCCAGGAGCAGCCUUCAGAGAGUCCUGGCAGAGUCCUAGCAAAUUGGCUAAAGGUCAAGUUCACAGGAGAUGGUAGCAUAGUGGGUGAAAAAAUGAGUAAUGCUGGCGAGAUUGAGACCUUGACGAUUUCUAAUGCACUCAGUAGCAAAAGGGAUCAGACAAUCUCUGUCAACGUGUGUGUAAAGGUGGCCCAUGGCACCCUUAGUGAUGGUGCCCUUGAUGCCCUGGAGACCCAGAAGGACCUCUUGGGAGCCAGUGGACUCAUGCUUCUGCUUCCUCCCAAAGCGAAGACUGAGGGCGUGGCAGAGGAGGACUUAUUCUGGCUGUCGGUUUUGCUGCCCCUCAAGCAGCUCCUCCAGGCCAAGCCCUUCCAGCCCGCACUUCCACUGGUGGUUCUUGUGCCCAGCUCCACAGGGGAUGCCGUGGACAAGGAAGCCGAGGAUGGUCUGAUGCUACAGGAUCUGGUUUCAGCUCAGCUGAUCUCAGAUUACAUUGUUGUUGAGAUCCCUGAUUCCGUGAAUGACUUACAAGGUACAGUGAAGGUUUCUGGGGCAGUGCAGUGGCUGCUGUCCCACUGCCCUCAUGCCUUUGACCUUUGCUGCCAGACCCUCAUUCAGUAUGUUGAGGAUGGGAUUGGCCGUGAGUUUAGUGGCCGGUUCUUCCAUGACAGAAGAGAGCGACACGUGGGUGGCCUGACCUCCCAGGAGCCCAGUGCCAUCAUUGAGCUCUUCAACAGCGUGCUGCAGUUCCUGGCCUCUGUGGUGUCCUGCGAGCGGCUGUGCGACUUGUCCUGGCCUGUCGCCGAGUUUGCUGAGGUUGGGGGAAGCCAGCUGCUUCCUCACCUGCACUGGAACUCACCAGAACACCUGGCUUGGCUGAAGCAGGCUGUGCUCGGGUUCCAGCUUCCACAGAUGGACCUUCCACCCCCAGGGGCACCGUGGCUCCCAGUAUGCUCCAUGGUCAUCCAGUAUGCCUCCCAGAUCCCCAGCUCAUGCCAGACACAGCCUGUCCUCCAGUCCCAGAUGGAGAACCUACUUUGUAGAACAUACCGAAGGUGGAAGCACAAACACCCCUCUCCAGGCCGGGGGGCAGGGCCGUCUGUUGCUGAGAUCCCAUGGGAUGAUAUUAUCACCUUAUGCAUCAACCACAAGCUGAGGGACUGGACGCCUCCCAGGAUCCCUGUUACAUCAGAGGCACUUAGUGGAGAUGGUCAGAUAUGCGUAUAUUUUUUCAAAAACGAUUUGAAAAACUAUGCUGUUCCUUUGUCUUGGGAACAAGCCAGAGGGCAGACGCAGAAGGAGCUUCAGCUGAGCCAAGGACGUUUGGGGAUAAAGUCUCUACAUCCUUCUGCAAGCAGUUUUCCUACUCCCCUGCUUCACAUGCAUCAUCAAGGGAAGAGAAACGCAGAGCAGGGCCCAAAGAGGAGUCUCAGUGCUGAGAACCUGAUGCAAAGAUCUUCUGCAGAGGAGCUCUUGGCACAGUGUCUGUCCAGCAGUCUGCUGCUGGAGAAAGAAGAGAGCAAAAGGUUUGAAGAGCAGCUUCAGCAGUGGUUGUCUCCAGACUCAGGAGCACUCACAGAGUCAGCUUCCCUUCCUCUGUACCUUCCUCAGACACUAGUAGCUUUCCCUCAUACUGUCAAAACUCAGACUAUGGAGAAAACAUCUAUAACAACAAACCUUCAGAAUGUAAGGGCAAGAGAACAGUUGAGGCGCCCAGAGGCAACAGGUGUGUCUUUGACGCAGCGGCUGAACCACCUGGAGAGGCUGAUCCGGAGCUCCAGGGAAGAGGAAGUGACCUCCGAGCUCCGUCUUUCCGCACUGCUGGACAUGGUGGACAUCUGAGCAGUCUAACAUGACAAGUGGUCUCUGCAGAAUGGUUUCUGUUUUCAUUCAAUUAUGUUAGCUUCAGGUGCUUGAUGCACUGUUGGAAAUGUGAUUAUUUAAUCAUGUAAAUAAACCAUUUGGGCCAUACUGA